CCGAAGAACGGUGGCGGACAUCAGGCAAGCCGAAGAUGUGAUCUCUGUGGAAUUUGUGUAAUUUCGACGAAAUGCAAAGGAAGAUCGUGACCGGGGAAAGUGGGAAAGUUGAGUACCCGCAACUGGGCAGGACAAGCGAGCAUCGAGCACUGUUUACGACGAGUGUGUCAAAUGUCCGCCCAUACGUAGACCCACACAGCCAGUAGUGCAUAUCUGUUAUUUCUCUGUCAUAGUUUAUACACCAUCUAUAUAUACAAACUAUGAGAUAUAUAGUUCGUGCCAGCGGCUCGUAUAUCUUUCAGUUCAUUUCCUGACACGUUCCACACAACCAAGGGAGUAACAUUUGUCAUGUGAUACCCCGCGUUUGUAAUCCUCCCCUUUUAAUUUUUCCACAAUUUCUCGAUUAUAUCCAGCUCAGUUGCAACGAUCAUAACCCAAUUAGUCGGCUUUUGCAACUCUGUCGUGUCAUAUUGUACGUAAAGUGCGCGUAUUCGUCGAGUUUCGCUUAUUGUAAAGUGUUUGCUCGUAUUUAGCUGCGCUUUUUAAUUAACUAUACCUCUCAACGUGUCCUGUACUCGUCCUCCGCUCCAUUUCACGUAUAUAAAUAUGUUUAGUGAUGGUAAAGUGUCUACAAUGGUAUUUACAAUGGCUCGCUAAUAUCGUACACGUUGGAAUUGCAGUUAGUGCGUAUCGGUGGCAUACGUAUCGUGUGAGAUGUAUAUUUUUUGACGAAAUGCUAUGAAUAACAUGUCGAAUUACGAUAAUACAGGGAAAAAAGUAAAGGGGAUGCGGCCGCUGAAUUUGCCAUCCGUGAAAUAUCAGAACGCAUUAUUGAUCAAUGUUAGGUCACCCAAGAGUAGCUCGCAGUUUGGCAAAUUCGACAAUCUGAAGACGGAGAUAGACACUAUCGGAAUGUCGGAGCCGGUAGCAGCUUCCGUCAGCGCCUUCAACCCAAAGACCGACAGCUUACACGCGUCUAUGAGGCCGAUCAUCAUGUUGGCGCAAUGCUUCUCCUUGUUUCCUGUGUCCGGGAUUAACAACUCCGAAGCAUCGUACCUCAGGUUCACCUGGCGCAGCCCGAAAUUUGUAUAUUGUGUGAUGUCAAUUUUUGGCUCAUCGGUGAUGACGAUAUUUAACAUUUUGAGAAUAGUUUCGACCGGAGUAAAUUCCACGAAAAUGACCACGUUCGUAUUCAACGGGACGAAUUUGAUCGCUUCGUUGCUGUUCCUAAAGUUGUCGAUCCAGUGGCCCUGUUUGAUGGUAACUUGGGAGAAACUCGAGAAAGAGCUUUCGCACAGGCAUAGAAAAAUCUCGAGAAUCACCCUGGCCACGAAAUUUAGUAUCGUGACCAUAGUGGUGAUGAUGAUUGCAUUAGUCGAACACGGUUUGUCGAUAGUCCAUGGCUACAUCCAAGCUAAAGAGUGCGCCAUAUAUAAAGCAGAAGAGGAUAUACUUGGUGUGUAUUUCCAGAUGCAGUUUCCACAGAUAUUUUCUAGGAUACAGUACAGUUUGUGGAAAGGAGUAUUGGUGGACAUCUGCAACAUUCUCAGUACCUUCUCGUGGAAUUUUGUCGACCUGUUUCUCAUCCUUAUCAGCAUCGCCUUGACAGAUCAGUUUCGUCAGCUGAACAGUCGUUUGAAUUCUAUAAGGGGCAAGCAUCAUUUCAUUGUUAAGGCAAUGCCCGAAUGGUGGUGGGCCGAGGCAAGGAGUGAAUAUAAUCACUUGGCAACGCUAACGAGGCAACUGGACUCCCAUAUCUCCGUUAUGGUUCUUCUCUCUUUCGCUACCGAUCUGUAUUUCAUCUGCAUACAACUGCUUUUCUCUUUCACCAGUCCGAUGCGAGGCAUUAUCGAGAAAAUCUACUUCGGCUUUUCCUUUGGAUUCCUGUUGGCGAGAACGACAGUGGUCUCUCUGUGUGCCGCAACGAUUCACGACGAGUCGUUGCUCCCGGCCCCGAUCCUAUACAGCGUUUCUGGAAGCAGUUUCUCAACGGAAGUAAUGAGAUUCCUAGCGCAAGUAACAACGGAUAACAUUUGCCUGACGGGCAUGAAAUUCUUCUCGGUGACCAGGGGCCUCGUAUUAACGGUAGCAGGAACCAUAGUCACGUACGAAUUGGUGCUGGUGCAGUUCAACACAACGCAGCAAAGUGAAGUGUCGAACAGUACCGUGUGCGAGGGCUAGAUCAGGGCUUUUUAAACCACUGCCCAAUACGGGGUCGCGUAACAGAAUUAUGGGUUCGUGAACAUUUUUGCAGCUGCCACACACCACUCAAACAAGUCGCCUCAUGUUGGAAGGAUCACGAGGAAUUCGCCGAGUUAUUAAUCGACACGAGUAUAAAACACCAGCUUUAGAAAGAAACGUUCAGAGGGUCCUUUGCUUGGAAUUUAGCUCUGUUCUAAUAAGUGGUGAUGCGUGGUAAAGUUAUAAGCGUAACAAGUAGUCGUUUAAAAUUAAACUUGCUUCAUUUAUUAUCUAUUAAUGUUUCAUUUGUAUAUUUAUUUUAUGUACCUUUCUAUGUAUAUCACUGGGAUUGCGUGAAAUUUUCCCGGGGCAAAAUGUGGUGGCGAGUGGAAAAAGGUUUAAGAAGCGCUGGGCUUGAUAAUUGAAAAAUCACAAUGUAUAUACAUUGUACAUACAAUAUAACGUUUCAAGAAAUUUAUGCUUUAUGUUUCGUACAUGGUUUAAGUUUCGAAUUACAAUGAUUUAUAUUGUAGUAAAUUGUUCCGUGAAUGCUGCUUUAAAAACAGACUUUUCUAUAGUUAAUGUAUAUUAUAUAUGAUUAAUCAUUUUCCUCCCCAAAAAUUAGGGAACGUCCGUUUAAUACUUAUCGAGUAACUUCCGAUAUGUUUCUCUCGUAGCUUCGCAACAGAAAGCAAAAUCUUUUUGCACAAAAUAAUGCUUCGUACAUCGAAUGAAACAUUAACACCAGAAAUAAUAAGAGUAUAAUCUGAGUAGAUAAUAAAGGCAUUACUCGAUUGUUAAUAGUGUCACGGAAUACUGAAUAAACUGAAUAUAUUAUCUUGUAAUAUAUAACGUUUCUCAAGUAUAAUUUUAGCACUGUUCGAUGAUAACAAUUGAAACGGAUCAUCUGGAAUCGUAAAGAUAACAUGCAAUCAAUUAAAUUGGGUAAGUACCAAACUAUCACUGGUCGCGAAAACGAAUUAAAAGUUCUUGUCUAAAAAUCAGUCGAUGCAGUUACAAUAAUAACAAAAUUGUUACAGCAUUAGAAUGCCCAAUUAUUUGUUCCAAGCACAGUGAAAUUUGUUUCGAACAAAUCAAUUCGUGAUUUGUCAUAAACGAAUUAAUCUGUAACUUAAACGAACUAAAUGUAUAAUGGAAUAAAAAGUACAAAGAUAUAAGGUUCGUUAGGAAUAAAGUAAUUAAUAAAUGCUUGUAUGUAGCAUAGUAAAAUGUAAAGCUUUUCAGUGGUAAAAAUGUUAUAAUAUAAUGUAUAAUAUUAUCUACUAUUAUAUGAACUAUUAUUCGCUAAGUAUUGAAAUAUACGUAUGUUUAUAUCGAUAGAUAAUAUUACACAUCUGCCAAAGAUAUUCGGCAGCCGUAGGUUUGAUCUUUUUAAUUUCGUUAGAAAGAAGCAGGAUUGAACGAUAUUGCCUUCUCGACUUUGUUAUCUACAGACAAAUUGUAUUCAUCUUAUUUCGACUUAUGCCAGGUAUUCAGUCGAAUUGAAUGCUAAUCAAAAAAUUGUUUGCCAAUUGGUCGAUGCAACGGGGGUUCUACCGUAUUGUAUUAUAUUAUAUUGUUGUAUUAUACGUAUCAGGAGCCCUGCAUAAACGUGCCUUAAAUGCUCGAAAACAAAACUUACUUGUCGAAGAAUAUGGUUUUUCGCGAGAUCCGAAUUAUAAAAGCGUUAAUAUUGCGUCUAAAAUUUACGACAUGUAGAUAUGUACAUAUGUACGUAUGUAUUAUAAGUAGUAUAAUUUCCUUGCUUCAGCGUAUACUUUCCAACUUCACUUAUCAAUCUGUUGUCCGAGGCAUUCUUUAACGCAUUCGCCGCUAUCAACGAUAAAAUAUAGCUAGCCCGCAUUUCGAAUUAUAGAUUAUAUCAUAUCUCCUCCUUCGUCGGAAGUACAGUGGACGACGAAAGAAAGUUUCAAGCUCAUACCUAUGUAUAAUAACUACCUCUGUAUAUAAAAAUAUUUUGCACUAAUUUCCGUUUACCAUAUUCACAACGGUCACGUGCAUCUCUCUUAUUCCAACUAUCUUUCCAUUGCUGUUACGUAUAAAAUAAUUAAUGAUUUAAUUUACGGAUGUUGAACAUUGUUUGCCCCAGUUAACAUAUAAGUGGAAUUAACUAAAUGCUCCUUUGUUUCGACAGGAUCCUUCUUCCGUGCUAUAGUUCAUCUCGCUGGAGCACACUAGCGCACUGUAAUCUCGGUCAUUCGUUAAACUUCCUCGUAAAAUAUAUCGAUAAAAGAUAUCGGCGCAACAAAUCCUACGUUUGGUAUUACUUGGGAAUAAAAGAACACGAUAAUUGUAACAGUUGCACUGCGGAAGAGUGACUAAUGUUUGUUAUUCUGUUAGCUUGGUAAUUUUUACAUUAAGAGUAAGAGCAAAAAGCAACAAAGUAACUAUGUAAUUGCUUGAUAUUCCUCGAAAAUUCGAAGUUGAAAUU